CAAACUGAUUCGUUAUGCUCCAAAAGUUCUCAUUUUCAUAUAUGAUGGGCAUUGUCCCUCCCUCUUUUGCUCGAUUGGCUCUUCGUUACCCACCAGCUGACCCAAGUCUCCGUGUGGUUCACAUGUCCACUCAUUUGCAUUGCGGAGGAGAAAAGUAUCGGUACUACUUCAGUUCUUGCAUUUUUCGGCAAUUAGCGAGUCAGAUCACUAUAAGCAAUGGCUCUCUUAAUGGAUCACCAGUUUAAACAGGUCCCAGCCGAUAAGCAAGUCGAGACUAGAGCAUUUCUAGACGCAGUCUCUUACCUUCCGCCAUUCUUCGAUUGCCUUGGUUCUACGGUUUUUGCGCCGAUUAAAUCCGACAUCAUGGGAAAUAUCACUAAAAUCAAGGCAGUUUAUGACAGCAAUCCAAGCCGUUACAAAACCCUUCAGAAUAUACUGGAGGCUGAGAAGGAGAUGCAUGGAUCCCAGUGGCCCAAAGUGGGAGCAACUCUGGCACUCAUGUGGCUGAAGAGGGGGCUUCGCUUCAUCCAGGUCCUUCUGCAGAGCAUCGCUGAUGGGGAACAGGAUGAAAACAACCCGAACCUGAUCCGUGUUAAUGCCAUUAAGGCCUACGAGUUUGCCCUGAAAAAGUACCAUGGCUGGCUGGUCCAAAAUCUCUUCAAGAUGGCCAUGCUUGCGGCACCUUACAAGUCAGACUUCCUGAAGGCCCUAUCCAAAGGGCGGGAGGUCAAGGAGGAGGACUGCUUGGAGAAGAUCCGCCAGUUCCUCGUCAACUUCACAGCCACCGUAGACGCCAUCUAUGAGAUGUACACGAAAAUGAACGCCGAGCUGAACUACACAGUGUGACCACCGGCCCCUCCCCCCCACUGGGCAGUCCUCUCCAGUGACACAUCCACUCCCAGCCCUGCCCCAUCUGUCAGUUUUAAGCCCCUCGCUGCCUGAAGGUUUGUGUGUCGCCCCAUUUGAUGGGGGUUGUCUGUGAUUUCAAUCUGCUUCCUGGGUUGCAAGUCUUUUCCUUUACGGGACUUUCCUCUGAGUGGCCCAACUCGCAUCUCAGUGCACUGGAAUGGGUCCUUAAUGCACACUAGAGGUCAGUGAUUCUGGCAAAAGGUAGCUGAAAUGGCAGCUGAGAAACACUGGAAAAACUCCACUGUGUAAUGCUGACCAUUUAAAAUCCCAUUAAAAAUAUGUUUCUUCUCAAUUAUAUAAUUCAUAACUGCUUCAUAGGGCUUCUUUAGUAUUAGCAGUGAAAUACAAUAUAUUAUAAAUUCUUUAUUUAAAUUUUAUGGGUUGAACAGAACAUUUUGUGUAGCUUGGAAGGUUACAUGAAAUUGUUAUUUUUUUAACCGAACUGGAAAUAUAAUAUUUAAUGCAUAUAAAUUCAAGAGCUGCAUGAAUCUUUUAAAAUGUGUGCUUUCAAUAACUAAGUGAAGAUGUUCUGAGACAUUUGAUGUUUUAUGUUUUGCUUUUAAAUAUAUACUGGUAUUUUACUGUUCAACACUGUACAAGAACUGUAUAGCAUCUCUCAAAGUAUGCCCAGUCCUGCUACUUCAUUUUAAAUGUGUUUUUGUUUUUUUUGCAUCAUCAGUGUUUGUCUUGAUUUUUGGUGUUUCCUUUUAUAUAUUUAAUGCUACAAAAUGUAAAGGGAGAUAACAUUUUCAACAUAUAUUUCAAUGCCCAGGAAAAAUUGUCUUGGUGAGUAAAGCUUAACAGAAUUUGUGUUGUAAUCAAUUUCCUAUAAAUCUGAUUGUUUGUUCAAUUUUCAGUCAGUUGAUAUGCACAUGUUUUCAGUUAAAUCAAAUACAGCCAUCUUGUGUUAGUGUUAGAAGUCUAAUAUACAACGCCAUGUGUAAAUUAUUCUGCAAAUAUUUCAGUAGUUUAAUGCAUGAUUAAAUUAUCCCCAAUUGCAAAUUAAGGUCCACUUUAACCUUUGUUAUAUGUUCAUGUAAAAGGGACUAAAUGUUUAUAUAUAGCAAUACAUACCUAAAAGGGUGCCUUACGCGUGUGAAACCAAACCGUAAGUCUUUGUAUAGAAGUGGAGAAAUAAUAUUAUUAACAAUAUUAUUACACUCCAAAAGGCGCUGCUGGCCAGUGCGCCAUCUAGUGUCCAUUCUUCUUCGACACUUUGCGACAAAGGCAACAGUUUAGUAAAUCGGCACCAUGGCUUUGUGUAUAUAUACUGCAUAUUAUUUGGGUGCCUCCUAACAUUUGUUUUACAUGCACUUUGCCCAAUGGGCAACAUUUGCAAAUAUUUAGUUGCUCUUAUCUCGUGCACUUUACUGCUCCAAGACCUAAAUAAAAUAUAACAGAAGCCGUUUAAAUGUAUACUUUUAUUUAUGUUUGCCUGACGGCUUUUCUUUCACAUCCCAGUAUUUCACUGAAGUGGAUGUGAAUGUGCAUUGCAUUGUUUCAAACUGCUAAUAUUUUGUCAAUAAAACAAAAAAGGUA